AUGCGUCCGAAACCUCAGAACGUGUUGCACCGUGACGGUGGCGAGAUGUGCGAGAAGAUUGUGUCCUCGUGGUGGCUUCCGUGGGUUGUGUUCCUCUGUGGCGUACUGCGCGUUGUCCAGGGUGACGAAUUCGAGGAGGUGUUUCGCUGGAAGUUGCUUGAUAUCGGCAGUUCCAGAGCAGCCGAAGAUGCCGAUGAGGUGCUCUUCCCGAGCAAGCCGAAUGGUGUGACACCGGCACCGACGAGUACACCGUUGAACGAAAGUUUCACGCCCUACCACAAUCUUCCGAUGGGGGUGGCACAUCACAAGGGUAGGCUUUUCAUUACCGUACCAAGGCGCCGUAGUGGUAUCCCUUCUACGCUCAACGUCAUCGUACUCGAUCAGGUUCCGGAGGGCGAACGAUCACCCAAGCUGAUCGCCUAUCCCAAUUCGCUUACCAACGAGCUAAGGGAUUCAAACCAGCCAGAUGCAAAACGCCUGGUGUCCGUGUACCGAACCCGAGUCGAUCGGUGUGAUCGCAUGUGGUUCGUUGAUACCGGCUUUCUGGAGUUUCCCGACCACAAACGUCAGGUACAGCGGCCCUCGCUCUGGAUCAUCGAUCUACUGCAGGACCGGAAGGUGCGCCAGUUCGAGAUACCGGAAUCGAUCGUGACCGAAGGAUAUGGUAUGGCAAGUGUCACUCUGGACGUAUCCGGCACCGAUUGUGACGAUGCGUACGCGUACGUACCGGAUCUUGCCUUUUACCGGCUGUACGUGUACGGAUUCCGCGAGAACCGAAUGUGGACCUUCCGGCAUGAGUUUCUGUCGUUCGAUCCACGCAUGACCGGUUUCGGGGUGGCCGGUAUUCGGUUUCGUUGGAACGAUGGCAUUUUCUCUUUAGCGAUGGGUCCUUCGCAGGGUGCGUCAGACGACAGAACGGUGUACUUCCACGCUAUGGCCAGUACCUCGGAGUAUCGGACGAGUUCACGGGUGCUGCGAAACGAAACGCUCGCCAACGCUGGAGGUUACGAUCAUCUGUUCACUUACCUUGGUGAGCGAGGUAUUAAGACACAAUCCACCAUCCAUCAGUACGACCCGCAAACGGGUGUGUUGUUUUACGCAGAGGUUAAUCGCAACUCGAUCGGUUGCUGGAACUCGGCUGAACGUUUCGACCCGGAAACCCACGGUAUCGUGCACCUAGACAACAAGCACUUCAUCUACCCAUCGGAUAUGACCCUCGACAGCGACGGUGACCUGUGGGUGAUGACGAACGGGCUGCCAAGGUGGCUGUACGCAACGCUUAAUGCUGAUGAUUACAAUUUCCGCGUCUGGCGGCAGAAACCGGUCAAAGCGAUUGCGGGAACAAUCUGUGCACCCGGCGCAUGA